AUGCUGUCUCCGACGGAGUUUGGAGACAAAAAAGUCCCAGACAGCAUUAUAUCAUGUGUUCUUACCCUUCAUAAAGAGAUUUUCCAGAAAGUAAAACUUCAUGAUCCAGUCCUUCGCGCGUACGCUUUGCAUUAUUUCAAAGUUACGUACAAGGAAAAUCAAAAUGAUGAUUACGUUUUAAUAUUUAGAGCUAUAGCUGCUCUCCACCUCGCUUCAAAAGUCUGCGAAGACGGUAAAAUGCUUGAAUUAUUCGUUAAAGCACUCGAUGAGUGCCGCGGCAAGGACAAUCUCAUUGAGGCUUUCGCUUUAUUGGGAGAAGUUCAUAGAAUCAGCAAAGAUUUUGUUAAAGUCGUCACAGAAUCAUGCCGCUUAGCAGAAAUAGACUUAAUUCAAGAUUUACAGUUUAAUUUUAAAGUUGUAUUGCCUUACGACUACAUGCGCGAAUACAUUCAUCAUGUUGUUCAUUGGCACAUGCCAAGCUAUUAUCCAAAUUAUCAUAAUAUUACUCACGUUACUAUUCAAAACUGCUAUAAAUUUUUGAACGAUUUACAACUAUCACCCAUCUUCUACAAUUUUACGCCACCAACGGUCGCUCUAGCCGCUGUAUCUUUAUCAUUUUAUAUGGAGAAGCUGGACGUUCCAGAUUUUAAUGGAAAGCCAUGGGCUUCGAUAGUUGAACCAACUGUUGAUAUCGAACAGCUCAACAAUUGCAUCGAUCAAAUCAAAUUGUACUUCAAAAGCAAAAAUUGCGAUAUUGAGAACCUCUUUCAUGCAGUUGAUCGCCAGGAUGCACUGUCAGACUGGUACAUAAGCCCUAUAGAAGAUCACAGAAGCAAGGAACCUUCUGUUCCUCCUCCAGACGAUUAUAUGAUGCAGGCGUUCAACUGCUCGGAAGAUGCAUUCUCAAAGAUAUGGUCAGAUCACGUACCAGAUAUACCGCCUCCUACAGUCGAUGAGUACCAAGAAGCCAUUGAUAUCGCUAUUGAAGAGGAAUCUAACGGAAACUUACUGAUUUCUGGUCCUAAGAUACCAGAUGGUCAAUUACAGCCUCCUCGCAGACAAUAUACUCCAUCAAAACCAAGAGUUUCCACUCGUCCAAGAUUCGAAAAUGUGAAGAACUAUCCAAGCCAAAGGAGACCGAAUUACCAACCUGGAGGCAGGCGCGAUGAAAUACGCGAAAGGAGAUCUCCAUCAAUCGACAGAAGAUUACCAGAAUCAGACAGAUACGAAAGAAGGUCAGUAGAUCCAAGAAAUGACUACUACCCAGAGAGGAGAUCAGAAUACGACCGAAGAAUGAGCGAUUACGUCAUUGACAAGAGACAAGAUGAUUACUUACCAGACAGAAGAGCACCGGAAAGCUACGAGCGUAGAAGCGAACCACCAUAUGAUCGUAGAUCUCCUGCUUAUGGCCACUCACGAGAAGAUGACAGAAAGCGCGAUCAUUAUGACUACGAAAAGCGGCCAGAUCCAAGAGAUUUCGAGCGAAGAUCAGAAUCCAGACCGUAUGAUUACGAAAAGAGACCAGAUCCGCGUGAUCUCGACAGAAGAUCAGAUCCAAGAGAUUUCGACAGGAGAUCGGACUUAAGGCCACUCGAUCAUGAAAGAAGACCAGAUCCAAGAGACUACGACAGAAGAGAUUUCGAGAGAAGGCUUGACGACAGGAAAUCUGACGAUAGAAGGCCAGAUGACAGAAGAUCCGAUCCAAGAGACUUUGACAGGAAAUCUGAUGACAGAAGAGGUGACGACAGAAGACCAGACCCAAGAGACUACGACAAGAGAUCUGACGAAAGAAGAUCCGAUCCAAGAGACUUUGACAGAAGACCAGAAGAAAGAAGAUCCGAUCCAAGAGACUUUGACAGAAGACCAGAAGAAAGAAGAUCCGAUCCAAGAGACUUUGACAGAAGACCAGAAGAAAGAAGAUCCGAUCCAAGAGACUACGACAAGAGAUCUGAUGAUAGAAGAAGUGACGACAGAAGGCCAGAUGAAAGAAGAUCCGAUCCAAGAGACUACGACAAGAGAUCUGAUGAUAGAAGAAGUGACGACAGAAGGCCAGAUGAAAGAAGAUCUGAGCCAAGAGACUACGACAGAAGGCCAGAACCAAGAGGUGACGACAGAAGACCAGAUGAAAGAAGAGAUAUCGACAGAAGAUCUGAGCCAAGAGACUACGACAGAAGGCCAGAGCCAAGAGAUUAUGACAGAAGACCAGAUGAAAGAAGGCUUGACGAAAGAAGACCAGAUCCAAGAGAUUUCGAUCGAAGAUCUGACGAAAGAAGACCUGAGACACGCGAUUACAAUAGAAGGCCAGACCCAAGAGAUCUCGACAGAAGAGGUGAUGACAGAAGAAUCGAGCCAAAGUCAAGAGAUUACGACAGAAAACCUCCUGACUACGACAGAAUUGAUAGAAGACCUCCUGAUCCACCAAUGAGAAGAUCUGAUUCACGCGAAAUGAGGUCCGAUUACGAAAGAAGAUCAGAACCUCGUCCAAGCGAUUACAGUAGAAGACCAGAACCAAGAGAAAUGGAUAGGAAACCUAUUUCUCAUUCUGAAUCGUUUGAUAGAAGAAAACAAGACAAUUAUGACAGAAAAUCUGAUUAUGAUCGAAAACCAGACAGUAGAAGAGAAAAUUAUAAUCGUUAG